CGCGGCGUCCGAUUUAGUUUCUACUCGACAUCAUCGAAGUUUCAAAGUCAUACGCAAUCCGGAAAAGUCAUCGUCGUCGAGGAAACAACGCAGCAACAGAAUGCCGGCUCGUAAUAAAGAACAGGAAGCCGAGGUCCUCGGCUGGAUCGAAGCUGUGUUAGGCGAGAAGCUCCCAUCAGGAAACUACGAUGACAUUUUAAAGGAUGGUGUGAUCCUUUGUAAUUUAAUCAACAAACUUGCGCCCGGAUCAGUCAAAAAGAUUCAAAGUAAGGGCACCAAUUUCCAGCUUAUGGAAAAUAUUCAAAGAUUCCAAGCGGCGAUCAAAAACUACGGUGUCCCGCAAGAAGAAAUUUUUCAAACCGCGGAUCUCUUCGAGAAACGCAACAUCCCUCAAGUCACCCUCUGCUUAUAUGCCUUAGGCAGACUCACGCAGAAACAUGACUGGACCGGGCCAAGUUUAGGACCGAAAAUGGCGGAAGAGAACAAAAGAGCCUUCACUGAAGAUCAACUUCGUGCUAGCGAGGGUCACCUGGGUCUUCAGAUGGGGUAUAAUAAGGGUGCCAGUCAGUCUGGUCACGGUGGCUUUGGAAAUACUCGACAUAUGUAAAUUUUUUUUAUAGAAAUGAAUUAACACACAUCUGUAUCAUAUACGUCUACAUGACUGGUUAGACUAUCGAACACGGAGUAUGAUACAAUAAAAACAUUAAAAUAAAUCGCAUUUUUAACCGCGCGUAUUAAAUAUGUGUGCGAGAUAAUAAGGAUAUUAUGCUUUAAAGUAUAUUUUUCAAAUUCAUGAAGUCCAUAAAAAGUUGCAAAUAACAUCGAUCUGUU